UUCGUUUCAGAAAUAUGUAUUUAUAGUUUUAGAUGAAAUUUGUAAUUAACCAAGAUGGCGUCCCCCAUGGAGAAAAUGAAAGAAUUAACGAAGAAAAGGGAUGAAUUAGAGAAGGAAAUUGCAGAAUUAACAGAAGUUUUAGAUUCGCAACAAGGAGUUGGAUUGGAUGGUCCACUGGUAGAUAGUCAAGGUUUUCCUCGGAACGAUAUUGAUGUUUAUAGUGUACGACAUGCCAGACAUAAUAUAAUAUGUCUACAGAAUGACCAUAAGGCAUUAAUGAAAGAAAUAGAAGAGACAUUAUAUGAGAUUCAUGCGCAAGCUAGAGAAAAACAGAAUACAAAUGAACCAAUGGAAAUCUCUGUUAAUAAACCAAUUAGAGAACAAGAGCCAUUUUUAAUAGUUGACAGAUUAGAUCCUGGUUCACCAGCUGCUGAUGGGGGUAUACAAGUCGGAGAUGAAAUUAUUAAGUUUGGUUCGGUGAUGAAAGAAAAUUUUACAGGCUUACCAUGUAUUGGUACAGUGGUACAACAUAGUAAAGGGAAACCCCUACACAUUACAGCGUUAAGAGAUGGUGAAUUAGUUAAAUUAUCAGUUAAACCUGAUAAAUGGUCAGGAAAAGGUUUAUUAGGGUGUAAUGUGUUACCUAUUAAACGAUGAGCUACAGGUUAUCUUGUCUUGUGUAGUCCUAUGUACCUAUACAUCUUGUAUCAUAAAUUUCGACUGACUGCAUAGUGAAUUGAAAAUGAAGAACUAAAUGAAAAGUGUGGUACUGUCAUGUGGCUGGUAUCAGAUUGUUCUCGGAACAAAAUAGAAAGUGUGAAAAUGAGUUCAGUUGUGAAUAAAAACUGGUUAUGAAACAUGAA